GCGCUGGAUGCUGGUGUCACCGGCGAGAGGAGAGCGGAUGAGGGAGACCGGGACCUGGCGUGCGGACAGAGGCUUAAAACACAGGCGUUCAUCCUGCGAUACUGACAAGGGAUUCUAGAUAUACUUCAAAAUCACCGUGUGUCACUUUUAUGUAUAAUACUAUCUUUCUCACGGACCUAUAUUAAGUAUAAUAAACCAGCGAUGGCGUUGAAAAGAAUUCAAAAGGAACUGACAGAUUUACAGAGAGAUCCUCCAGCACAGUGUUCAGCGGGACCAGUCGGCGAUGAUUUAUUUCACUGGCAGGCAACAAUCAUGGGGCCGAAUGACAGCCCAUACCAAGGGGGGGUCUUUUUUCUGACCAUCCAUUUCCCCACUGAUUAUCCCUUCAAACCACCAAAGGUUGCGUUCACCACAAAGAUCUACCACCCGAAUAUCAACAGCAACGGCAGCAUCUGCUUGGAUAUUUUGAGGUCACAGUGGUCACCUGCUCUCACGGUUUCCAAAGUUCUACUGUCCAUCUGUUCCUUAUUGUGUGAUCCAAACCCCGAUGACCCCCUGGUACCAGAGAUCGCACACACCUACAAAGUGGACAGGGAAAAGUAUAACAGACUUGCCAGGGAAUGGACGCAGAAGUAUGCAAUGUGAAGCUUUUCAAAACUGCAAAAAAAAAGAAAAAAAAGAAAAGAAAAACAUACAUACACAUACAGGAAAACAAAAACAUUUUGCUUGACAUGAGCGUGAGUGUUGGGGAGGGGGAGGGAACAAGUGAACUGCAUCACCAGAUUGAAGACGGACAAGGAGAGAGACGCAGUCUGACUGACGGGCGCCAUUGGCCGUGAGUCACGGGGUUCAGAGGUGCUGGGCUGGACGGCCGCUGCCCAGUGUCGCUGUGGAGAAGGAACAGGCCUCAUCUCUAAGCGUGCCCGGCCGGCGCCCUGCUACAGGGACUGUCUUUUACUACUACUGCUACCACUUCCUCUACUAUUCUACUAGUAUCACUAUCAUCAACAUAAUGACCCAUGGUUACUGUUUUUUAUUAUUGCUAUUAUUAUUAUUAUUAUUGUUGUUGUUCUUGUAAUGAAGAUUAUGCUACUGAAUGCUGAAUAUUGGGUUGAGAAGCUGAGUCUCCGAGGCUAAACACUCCUUUGCCCCCCCCCCCACCCCCGAAUGUCGUGUGUUUCUGUACGCAUAAGAGUGCAGUGGCCAUUUGCCGUAUUAACGUCGUUAACCUUCUCCCGGGCCUUGUUCUGCUGAGAAGAAUCAAAGUAGGGAGAGACUCAAUCAUGGUCAGCUAUGGCAAUUAAAAAAAAAUAAUAAUAAUUUGAAGGGUAUUUUGAGGCAGAAUUCUGGGGACCCUACUAUGUACUCUUAUACGUAGGUGGAUCCCACUGGGGGGGGGUUGUGCUGUGACAGAUGUGUGUGUGUUUUUUUCUCCCCCAAGUGAGGCACAAUCAGGGUUGGUCUUUGACUAUGGACAAAACAAAAAUGGAGGACAGGCUGCGUCGCAGUGCAGAAGACACUUUCUAUCUUGUCUCCCUUCUGCCACGAAAGAAUCAUCUAAGUUUCUAGUUGCAGUGUGUCUCUGUGACCUUAGUCCUGGUAAAGGGGAAGAAACACUACUUAAGGUGUAACUGGAUCCAGUACAGCAGUGCUCAGUACAGCCUUAAAGGGGACAGCUUCCUGGCUACUGGCUGCCAGCCUUUGCCCAUCACUAAGACUGUGAUAAUCUAAGCUGGCACAGAACUGUUAAAUACAUACUUUAUUCCUGACCCCUCCUUUGGUGUGAGACGCAGACCUGUGUUGCAUGGCAUGCAGAGGUGCUGGUUCAUUUCAAAAGUAUUCUGAAAUACUGCAGCUGUAUUCAAGUAGUGUGUGCAGGGACCCAGCUCUGUGAGGGGACCCCUUUUCAGCCUCUCUCUUCCCACUCUGCUGAUCCUGGUGUAUGUGUGUGUUAUACUUAUGGAGUUUAUGGACAUUUAUGAUGUCCUAAAAGUCAGCUGUCCAUGUACUGUUUUAUCCUGCUUCGCGAAGACCUUGAAGAAACUGGAAAAAGAAACACACUAACAAGGCUUUAAUUUUGUUUUCUGAACAAUUUGAAGUGUAAUGGUUUUCUCCUUUCGGUCUGAAGCUUGAUCAAUGACUUGGGCCAGACCUUUUUACAGGAAAAUUCAGUAUUCUUUUUUUUUUUUUUUUAAUUAGUUAACUGUUCCAUUCUGGAGCUGAUCUAACAUUUUAUCAUUCUUACGUUUAGUUCUGUCCCUUAUUUUUGCAAAGAAAUCACUGGGUGUAGUGCUGAACUCAGGGUUGAAAUUUAACGUGGAACAAUGUUCUAUCCCUUUAAAAGGUUGAUGCAAUUAUUGAUGGGCUACAAAAAGGUUUUUUGACAUAUUGAACUGCAAGAGUUUCAAGCAGAUUUUGAAAAACAAAUAGCCUAUUUUAAAACAAAAUUGACUAUUAUAUAAGUAUUGGUGAGAAAAAUAUACGUAAGUGUAAUUUAUCUAGAAACAAUGAGUGGUCUAGGCGUAUAUAUUCACCUUAAAUUUCGACAAAACCCACUUAAACGGUUUUGACAUACUGAUCGUCUGCAAAGGUGUACCUAAGCAAUAUUAUAUAAUAUUAUAUAAACUAGAUGUGUGCUGGUUUUAAGUGUUAAAUCAUGAAUGUAAUACACUAGUUUUCAGAAAGUAUUCAAGCUAAAUUCCUGGAAAUGUGAUUGAUCUGCCCCUACUUUCAAAUGAGUGCCCGAUUGUACUACUUAAACAAAACUGGUGCUACUGUUCUGUUAUUUCAAGCUCUUUUUUGUCAGUCUGUUUGCAACUGUGGUUGGUUUCAGGUCUUUUGACACCGGGACAUCUAUUUUCUCAAUAAAAGUCAAAAGGAGACUAAUGCGGCCGACCUGUGGUCUAGUGAACUGCAGGGCAGACAGGCAUCUUUCUCUCGGACGUCAGCAAGGUGUGGCAAACCGCUUGCUGAUGGCGGUAAGGAGAUCUGCGCUGGAAACAUUUCGCUUUGUGGUUGGGGAUUGACUAGUUUUGAGUAGUUCAGGCAGCUACAGGGGCCCAAACAGCCUGUUAAAAGCAUCUAAAGCCUCACUACCCUCUUUCACAUGCUUGUUUCAUUACCCAAUCCACCUUUUCUCAAGAGCACAUGUUCUUGCCAUGUGAUAAAUUAAGGCUAUGAUUUUGCAACAGAUCAUUUUAAUACAUUUAAUAUCCUACUACGGCUUUGCACAGAAAAAUAAGAUCACUAUAUUGGCACCCCAUGGUAGUCUGUAAUGCUUUUGAAUGUAUCUUUUACACACAAGUGUUUUUACAGCAGGGAAGAACAAUUGACUGUGGAUGUAUUGAUUUAGAACACUGGAAUGAUUAUAAACUGUAGCUAAAUUCUUAUGCUUUUAUAUAUAAUUAUUUAUUUGUUUUUUUUUUUGUAUGUGUCUUCCAGUUGUUGGCUUGAGUGCAAGCAGCCUCGUUCAUUACCUUUUUUCUUUAAAAAAAAAAAUUGCUUUAUUUUUCCCACUAAGUGAAGAUGGUGUGUAACUCAUUGGGAUGUGUUGUGUGCUCCAGUUCAUCAGCAUGCUGUGCACAUUGGAAAAAAAAAGUAACUUGUUUACAGCCAUACGCAAGAUUUCAGGGAUUUACAUUACGAUUCGUACGCCUGUCUUGACACCUUUGGCAAAGUUUUAGCCUUAAUUUGGUUUAUCCUACAUAUGGAUAUUGUGAAAUGUCAACUAGGGCUUCAUCACUUUUUCCAUCAAAGGGGGAAACUACAAUUUCAUGUCAGCAGGAGCCUAGGAGGGGGAAUUCAGCGUAAACAUUACCCUCCUUUUCUUACACCAAAACUUGCGAACUUGAAAUGCUAGAUACCUCCCGUUUUAAGAUACUUAAACAGCUUACUGGUCUUAACAAUGCUAUGUGUCUGUGCUAAACUCUGUUGCCCCCCCACCCCCCCCCCCACCCAGUACCACCAACACAGCUUCCCUCCCAGUGCAUUCUGGCUGAGAAGAAAGUCCAAGGUGUCAACACUGAAUAAACAAAGCUCUUUUUGUUGUACAA